GAUAUCCGCAGAUUUUAGAGAUUUGAAAUCUCUAAAGCUAGAAUCCACAGUACAAAAAGCAACAAAAAAACAUAACUUUCUACAAAAUCUAUGAAUUCAGUGAAUCUAUGUCCUGAAUCAUGUUUUCCAAACCAACCCUAAGCUAGUUGUAGACGAAAGGGAAAAGAAAAGAGGGUUCAGAACGCAGGCCGGAAUACGAGCUGUCUCUGUGGUUCGCCGCCACUUACUUCCCGCUUAAACUUUAGUUUUUCGAGAUUUCGAACUUUCCGUUGCUUUCUAGGGUUUUUUCCCCUCCUGGUUCGGAAAGCUCGGCGGCGGAAAUAUGGACGUCGAAAUGGAAACUUCGCCUGGUUACUUCCGGCCGGAAGAUCUUACUAUCAGAGAACAGUUUCGUCGCUACGGGUACUCUCGCUGAACCUCUCAUCUUCCUUUUCGGUCGUGAAUGUAGAUGGUAAAAUUCAUAGCGAAGCUUCUUGUUUUGUUGUCGUGAAGAGAAUUUAACUCUGAAUCGCGUUUGAUUGAGAAUGAACCGUGAAUUCUUGUAUGUUUGUGACCUUUCUGUAUCUUCGUACGUUGUUGAUUUUCUGAGAAUGCGUGCUGCCUGCAGUAAAAGGCACUCGGUAGCUAGCCCAAGUCAAGACAGUACGAACUCUAAGUUCAAGGACUCAAGGCUACUGUAUGAUGGGCAAAGCAUACACAGUCCCACAAAUGCUGUGCUUCUGCUCGAGGACAUUAAACAAGAGGCUGAUGGUACGGGUUCUGAUCACUUUGAUGCCACACCUAGGAGGUUUCAAGCUUCGGGUAAAAGGAGGAUGGUGAUUGAUGGAUUUUCAGAGAGUGAUCUCAUUAUCAAUCCAGAACUCCAGACUGGGACUCAAUCGCUUAAAGCAUGCAAGAUGGAGGAUGAAUCAGCUGACAGUGGAGAAGCGGUACUUGGGCUAUUUGCAUCUCUUUUGGAUUCUGCUGUUCAAGGCUUGAUGCCAAUUCCAGAUUUGAUUUUGAGAUUUGAGAGAUCAUGCCGUAGUGUAUCAGAAGAUAUAAGGUCCCAAUCAACCAUAAGGCAUCGAGUUCUAGAGGACAAAUUAAUGCGGCAGAAGGUUCAGCUCCUGCUUGAUGAGGCUGGCACCUGGUCUCUUCUCUGGCACCUCUAUGGGAAACCGACGGAAGAACCUCCUGAAGACCUACUUGUGGUACACAAUUUCUUCCCUGGAACCAUUCUGAAAGAAGACAUUAAGGCUGCUUUUCUGAAAUUUCAGCUCAUUCACUCUGACCACUAAAACCACCAAUCCAGAAUGGGUGUUCACUACUUUGUCUUUGUAAAUUAUUUGGAGGUUUCCGCUUAUACUACCCAAAGGCUGCGUAAUCUCAUGGAGCUUUAUUUUUGUUUUUGACAGUCUCCAUCAACUUCACAUAUAGAGGCGUGCCAGUUUGUUGUAAAUGAUCACACAACACAACUUUGCCUCCGUAUCAUUGAGUGGCUGGAGGGGUUAGCUUCUAAAUCCCUUGAUCUUGAAAGCAAGGUGAUUCCUAAGUUCAUUGCAUUUUCAUUUUGCGUCCUUGUAGAGUUUCUAGUUGGCUCCUCCUUGUAGGUUAGCUUUCCUGUUCUUCAGCCAUGCAUGGAGCAACAUUUCUUACUGAACCUUGCUGGCACCGUUUGAGGAAGUUGUUUUUAUCCUGAUAUUUAGCAUUUAGGUGAUGGUUGUUUAACACGGGACAGAAGGAACAUCCUGGCUUCAACAUCUUAUUACUUUUUAUCCACUGUGUAUACUUGUUUACAAACCGCAUAAGCUCUGGUUUCCAAGGAAAGUUAGUAUCCAUCAAAAUGUAGGCUCAGCACUCUUUUGAAGGCCUUUAGCUACGGAGAAGAUGGGUGGAUUUUGUUGUCCCCCCUCCCCCUCUCCUUCAUGAUAUUCUAGCUACUUCUGACAUUUGAUUGAAUUUUCUGAGUUUGUGAAUUCUAUUUGAAAUGGAUAUUGACCAACAAUCACAGGUACGAGAACCUCGUGUGGGUACAUAUCUUCCGAAUUCUGGAAUUUGGCACAAUACACAACGGUUGCUGAAGAAAGGCGCAUCUGGUGUAAAUACUGUUCAUCACUUGGAUUUUGAUGCACCAACUCGUGAACAUUCUCACCAUCUACCAGAUGAUCAGGUACCAUGUCUUUGUUCUCCGCUAUAGGAAUUCAUGGUAAACAUUAUUUUUUCAAUCAACGAAUGAAUCUUAUAUUAAAUGUUGUUCUGUGCCUUGGGCUGUGUAUUUAAACUAGCCAUGGGUAUAUUAGUUUGUAUCCUAUUAAUUUAUGUGUUGGACUUGAUUCAAAUAUGGAUAAUUUAGAAGGUUCUAGUCGAAUUACUAAGAAAAAACAUGAUAGUGUUUCAUUCCCUUAAAGCGACAACAAUUAUCUUCCUGAACAGAAACAAGAGGAAUGUCUUUUGGAGGACGUAUGGACGUUGUUAAGAGCGGGAAGAGUAGAAGAGGCAUGCGAUCUUUGCCGUUCUGCUGGGCAGGUAUUCAACACCAGUACAGCUUUUCAUCAAUUUUUCAGAAUAAAAGAAACUUUACUAGUUUUUCUAAGCAAAUUGAGUCUUUCUUUUGCUUCUGGUAUCAGUCAUGGAGAGCUGCAAGUUUAAGUCCUUUUGGAGGAUUGAGUAUGGUUCCUUCUAUUGGGGCUCUUGUGAAGAAUGGGAAAAGUAGAACCCUCCAAGCCAUUGAGCUUGAAAGUGGCAUUGGUCAUCAAUGGCGUCUUUGGAAAUGGGCUGCGUAUUGUGCAUCAGAGGUAUUCCUACUUGGAACUUAUUUUGGACGUUUGAGUUAUCAAACUUAGCCAUUUUGGGUAUGCAGUUCUGUCAUUUGUUCUAUCCUCAAACAUUGCUAGUUACUUUUCCUCUUAGACAAUUUUCAGUUUGUUGUUGGAAGUUAUAUCAGAUAGCUAAUAGUUUGUACUCUGCCGUCAGAACUGCACAUCAUAGUUCCAUGUUUAUUUCACAUGAGCUUCACCUGUUAAGAAAAGUGGGAUUCUUAA